AUGGCGGGAGCGAUCAUCCUCUCCAUUGGUUUCGGGAUCAAAGUCGAAGCUGAAAACGAUCCACACGUAAAGACGGCGGAAAGAGGGCUCGAGGCUAUUUCUGCGGGGAGUACGGCGCAGGCGGCGAUGUUUGACUUCUUCCCUAUGCUGAAGAACAUGCCUUCGUGGUUUCCUGGUGCUGGUUUCAAGGAAGAGGCCAAGGGACUACGUCGUUUCUCGAAGGCGAUGGUUGAUGGUCCGAUGCAGGCUACGAAGGACGCCAUGGCAGCAGGGAAGGCAUCGUCUUCGGUCGCGUCCGCGAUGAUGACACAGCUCGAGACCGAACCACAGACGGAGGUGGAGGAGCUCGUGGCCAAACAGCUUCCCUCAAAUAUGUACCUUGGUGGCGCCGAUACGACAGUCUGUGCAUUGGCAUACUUCUUCCUUGCGAUGACACUCUAUCCCGAGGUUCAAAGGAAAGCCCAGGAUGAAAUCGACUUAGUCGUGGGGCACGAUCGUUUGCCCGACUGGAGCGACCAGCAGUCAUUGCCUUAUGUUGAUGCCUUAGUGAAGGAAGUCUUACGGUGGCGCAACAUCACACCCCUGGGCGUGUACCAUCGUCUGACGGCGAAUGACAUCUACGAGGACUACUUUUUGCCGGCUGGAUCGACAGUUGUGGGCAACAUUUGGGCUAUUCUACACGACGAGAUCGUGUUUCCCGAUCCUCUCGCUUUCAAACCAGAACGUUUCCUCGACUCGAAGGUGGACUUCCCCGAAAUGGUAUUCGGCUUUGGGAGAAGGAUUUGCCCUGGGAUGUAUUUAGCGCGCGAAUCUGUAUGGAUGGCUGUGGCGUCCGUUCUUGCUUCCUUCGACAUCUCGAAAGCUAGAGACGAGAACGGGAAAGAAAUCGAACCGGUUGAUGAUUGUGUUGAAGGUAUUGUCGCGUGA